UCGCGCGCUCCGAUGGCCGUUAGCUCGCGGCUGCCCGCCCCUCCCGCGCGUGGCCUCCUCCGCCGCUCGCCGCCGCCGCGUAUCCUCCCCGUGGAGCGCGCUCCGAGGCGCCUCGCCUCUGGGGCCCGCGCCGUCUCCGGGAGCCCUGGACCAAGCGGAUCGCCCGUGCCCAGGCGGACGCCGGCGCCUCUAGACGCCGCGGCCGUCGCGCCGCCCUCCUCCAAGGCGUCCUCGGCCGCCUCCGCCAUCGAUUUCCUCACUCUCUGCCAUAGCCUCAAGACCACUAAAAGGAAAGGGUGGAUAAACCAUAGCAUAAAGGGUCCCGAAUCUAUUGCUGAUCACAUGUAUCGGAUGGCUCUGAUGGCUUUGAUCGCCGACGACCUACCUGCUGUAAAUCGAGAAAGGUGUAUCAAAAUAGCUAUCGUUCAUGACAUUGCUGAAGCUAUUGUUGGUGACAUCACUCCAUCUGAUGGCAUACCUAAAGCGGAAAAGAGCAGGCGUGAACAGGAAGCUCUAGAUGAAAUGUGUGAAGUUCUUGGCGGUGGACCAACAGCUGAGGAGAUUAAGGAGCUGUGGGAAGAGUACGAAAACAAUUCUUCUGUUGAAGCCAAUAUCGUAAAGGAUUUUGAUAAAGUGGAAAUGAUCCUUCAAGCAUUGGAAUAUGAGAAAGAGCAUGGCAAAGUGCUAGAUGAGUUCUUCCUCUCUACCGCUGGCAAGUUCCAGACAGAGAUUGGCAAGAGCUGGGCUGCCGAAGUGAAUGCAAGGAGAACCAAGACAUGCGGACAGUAGGAGUGCUUGCUAUCUGUUGCUUUAUACAGCUACAGAAAUGUGCAUGACGGGGCAGGUGUGGUUAAUCACAGACUCCAGAUUCAAGCCAACAUCAAGGCAAUCUUAAUCGAUUGCCACGGUUACCGAUCGUUGGUUGGGAAUAACGGAACGGCAUUGACAAAAUAUCAGGAUCCAAGUUUGGUUAGAGCUCAGCGAGUUGAAUUUGCACUAACUAGUAGUGUGUACUGAGCAUACUGUUAUGUGUACUGUUGGUUAGGGGUCCAGGGAAUACAUUGUUUUUUGUUGAAUCGGGAAAUAAAAAAGCUUGAGGCUGUUGCUCCCUUCGUUUCAA